CGGUCGCGUGAGGAUCACGACUCUACGGCGAUAAGUCCCUCUCAGACGACUAUGACCUGAGCGUUCCCUGAGAUCCUGAAGAAGAGAUGAAUCGCAUCGAUGCCUCGGAACACUAUGACGAGAGCGCUUUCCAGAGCCAGACGCCCUCACUCCUGACCGUCGUCAUCGACACCAACCCUCGCGCCUGGGCUGCCAUCCACGACCUCCUGCCCAUCUCCAAGGCUAUCGCGAACAUCUUCGUCUUCGUCAAUGCCCACCUCUCCUACGGGAAUGAGAACCAGGUUGCCAUUGUUGCCGCCCACACCAAUCGUGCCGUUUGGCUCUAUCCCCCAUCACCUAAUCCGGAUCAGGCUCUCUCGAGACGGCGCAAUGGCAGUAGCAGUGGUCCCGAUGUCGAGAUGACGGGUGUUGACAGCCAGGGCCAUCGCCCACGAGAACCUCAGCUCGGCACUUCCGCCAACAAAUACCCCCAAUUCGCCCAGGUUGAGUCGUCCAUCCUCUCAUCCUUGCGCUCUCUUAUUGACAGCACCUCGCCAUCCGACCUCAACCCGACCACUCUAAUCUCUGGCGCCCUCAGCAUGGCCCUGUCCUAUAUCCACAAGACGUCUCUCGCUUUCGAGGCGCCUAAGACAUCUACAAACCCUGCCAACCCGACAACCGCUCCGUCGACUAAAGCGGCUAUCCUGAAUCUCCAUGCCCGCAUACUCGUGAUCUCAGUCUCAGAGUCUGAGCCCGCACAGUAUAUCCCGACCAUGAACGCCGUAUUCGCCGCCUCGCACGCGCGCAUCCCCAUCGACACACUGUCCCUCUAUUCAGCACCUACGUUUCUCCAACAAGCAGCCUUCAUUACCAACGGUAUCUUUCUCUCUGCCGGCGCGAAUCCGCGCGGUCUCCUCACAUAUCUCAUGUUUGGCUUCCUCUCCGACAUCGAAGCUCGAACCUCCCUCAUUACCCCAACCCAGGACUCCGUGGACUUCCGCGCAGCCUGCUUCUGCCACCGCAACGUCGUUGACACGGGCUUCGUCUGUAGCAUCUGCCUCAGCAUAUUCUGCGACAUCCCCGCCAACGCCGAGUGUCUCACCUGCGGCACCAAGCUUGCCCUCGGCAACUACGGCGCUAAGCCUGCCGUCGUCCCACGCAAGAAGAAGAAGAGGAAACGCGUCGUCAAUGGCACCGGGAGGGAAGGCACUGGGAGUGCGGCGGAGACACCAGGUCCGGCUUAGCUUAGCUGGGCUGGGAUGCCGCGGACUCGGGUCAUUUGUCGUUCCUACGUAGAGCGUAUAGCCAUAAAAUCCCCUAGUAGAUCUGGAUAAAGCAGAUACCAUAUCAUUAUAUCCUCUGCCAUCUUGGCAUAUUUCUAAUUUAGAUACACAUGAAACCUCGCAUCUGCCGUCGUCUUUAACUCAUCUAAUAUCGUUAUUGCAUGUAAGAUUUCAUAGGUUCAAAGCAUCCGAUAUAGUUUUGAGAACAAACAGUCACUCUUGUCUUUCAUAUAAACUCAUUCUGUUGAUCAUGAAACAUACGAUGUGAAUGUCAUUCAAGUAAUAGGUAGGAAAUAAGGUCUUCGCUUGAUCUAUGGUCUACAUUUCUUAAUCUGUCUGCUUGUGUACUGUAAGCUAGCUCGCUGUACAGCCCAGUUCAAUUCCGUCUGUUCCCCUUCACUA